AUGGGGUUCAUCACAGUGAACGAGGGGGCCAUAAGCAGGGCGUUUAAGGAGAAUCGCGUCUUGCAAGAACGCAUCUACGAAGCUAUCUCCGAGUACCCCCAAUGCGUUGGCCUGUUUGAAGACAUCGCAAAGUUCAUCUGCGCAGAACGGGAAGCUCACGAGAACAGGUUUCAUAACUUCAACAGUAUAGCACCUCCCACUGAGAGACUGCAGCAACAGCACAUUAAUCCCCUCGAAGGGCCGGCUCCUAAGAAAAGGAAAGUUGCCAAUGGGCACGCUGGGCCUGUUGCUCCUGGGACCAUGGGGGAAGCAGACACUGCGUUGAUUGCCGGUCUACAGGCAGAAGCAGAGCUACAGCUAUACGUUCAGGAUCUUUCAUUUACGAUUCCACAGAGAAAGAAACUCAGACUAGAGUUUACACAAGAGCUGAGAGGCGGGAAUGAAUAUAUUAGAGCUAGAAACCAGGCCUCUGGUGAGGUUGAAUUUGGCGUACCAGUUGCAAAAAUCCUCCCCGAGAAAGCGCAACGACAGUUCAAUUUUUGCAUCAUACCUGAAUAUAAAGAUGGAAUCACUAGUGCUCCUGACGGAAUGAUUACGUUUGAGCCUAUGGUCUGGACGGUGCCUGAUGCACCUCCCCGAAGUGCAUAUUUGGGGUCUGGUACUCCGGUAGUGGAAAGUGCCAGCCUAGCGGAGACGUAUCAGACUUACUUCCAGAGCGUCCUAAAUGGAAAGCUGAAGCAUGUCAAGGUGUCAUGCCCUGACGAGAAGGAGUUUGUGAGUGCGACACCUGAGGCCCAUCGAAAGUCUGAGAAGGCGUAUCACGUCAAGGCCUUCCGAGGCAGUAAAGAAGGGUAUCUCUUCUUCCUGGCCACGGGUAUCUUUUUCGGUUUCAAGAAGCCCGUCAUAUUCAUUGCCUUUGAAAAUGUGGAAUCAAUCUCAUAUACGGCUGUGCUUCAACGCACGUUCAACUUGAACAUAACCACCCGCUCUGCCAUGAAACCAGACGAAGUCCAAGAAUUGGAGUUCUCGAUGAUCGACCAGACUGAUUACCCCGGCAUUGACGCAUACAUCAAGAAACACGGCCUACAGGACGCAAGUCUGGCCGAGGAGCGCCGUGCAAAGAGGCUUAACAUCAAUGCCCCUAGGGGUGGAGAAGGAGGGGAUGAUGAAAAUGGAAAGAAUGACGGCAACGCUCCCCAGGCAGAGGAAGAGGAAUCCGAGUUACAGAAAGCCCAGAGGGAGCUGGAGAGUCGACAGGCGGACCAGGAGGAUGAGGAGGAAGAUGACUAUGACCCCGGAAGUGAUGGAGAGAGCGAAGGUAGCGGCUCGAGUAGUGAGGAGGAGGAAGACGACAAUGCUCAGGGGGACGAUGCUGGUGCCGAUGUGGACAUGGGUAACGAGUGA